AUGGACAGACCCAUCGCGGUGCAAGAGCGGGCGCUGACGUCAAGGCUUCGCUGGCGAGCCAAAACAUUCUUUUCCGGCAAGCGAAACCACGUCUUCUUAAUCGUAUCCACGUCUCUGUUGAUCUUAAACAUCCUUAUCCUGGGGUUCUUAGUCAUUGUCGGUUUCAGAAAUGAAGACAGGCUCGAACCUGUCCGGCCCGAGGGCCUCUCGGCGCCGGAGCUCAGCAGACUUGCAGCUGAGUACGUCCUGAUCAACGAGAACUUCCCAGAUCCGUGCUUCAUCGAGUCCGAUGAUACAUUCUACGCUUAUGCAACCCGCAAUGGCUCUACCGCCAACAUCCAGGUUGCCACCGCUCCAACCAGCAACAUCAGCAGCUGGACUUUCUUUCCUGGACAAGACGCCUUACCAGAUCCUGGGCCCUGGACCGCCAAACAGCUCCAUGACAUAGCCGUCUGGGCGCCGAGCGUGGUGGAAGUUAGCCCGACGUCCUUUAUCCUCUACUACUCAGCCCUCGCAGCGUCCCACCCUCGUCGACACUGCAUUGGGGCUGCCACUUCCACCAGCGCCCUCGGCCCCUACACUCCACUCUCCCACCCACUAGUCUGUAACUUCACCGCUGGCGGCGCCAUCGACCCGCAAUUCUUCCACGACCCCCUAACACACAAAUCCUACCUCCUCUACAAAGUCGACGGUAACGCUGUCGGCAGCGGCGGCGCCUGCGGCAACUCCAACCUCCCCAACACGCCCACGCCCAUCAUGGCGGCGCCACUCGACCCUAACAAUCUCACCUCCUUACUAAACACUAGUGCCCCCUUCGAAGUCGUCACAAACCAGCACUUCGACGGCGCCUACCUCGAGAACCCCAUGCUAUGGUACCACCCUUUCGCAUCACGCCACAUCGACGGCUACGAGGGCGCCUACCACCUCAUCUUCAACGCAGGCUGCUUCACCGACGCAUCGUACCGCGUUGAGCACGUCGUUUGCCUCGCUGAUCCGCGCUACGGCGUUGAAGAGUGUAGGUGGCACAACAUCCGGUCCGGGAAGGAUCGGGUCAGGCGGCCGUAUGCGGGCACGUUGUUGCGGACUGGAGACACGCCCGCCAAGGUGGUUGCGCCGGGUGGGCCGAAUGUCGCUUUGCGUGGCUGCAAGGGAGAGGUGAAUCAGCGGUGGCUGGCUUUCCACGCUGAUGUGCAUGUGGAGUGGUUUGGAAGCGGGGAGCCGAUGGUCGGGGCAAGUAGAAGGAGAGGGUUCUUUAUUGCGGAGCUGGAGUAUCCGGAUACCACCGAGGGGCUGGAGCUGGGGAAAUUGCUCAAGCCUCUUGUAUGA